AUGCCUCCCUUACUCUUUCCGCUACCAACGACGAGCCUGCUCUCGCUGGGCGGGAACACAUUCAUCGACCCGUCAUCCUCGCAUACUACGCACUUGGCGGAUGCGACACAGGCGCGAACCAAGUUCCAAAUCGCGCUGAAAGCGGUCGCAGACAAGCAGCCCGGAGCCAGUGCUGUUCAGGUGGUGGACGCUAUACUGGGCUACCUACCAUAUGUGACAGGCAUAGCGACGUGCUUGGACAACGACGAGCUGCUCUGGAAGUCCGACCCAGCGUUCCAAUGGCGUCCAUCUCUCACUUCCUACGUCUCCCUCCCGACACUACCUCUCCCGUCCAUUCACGCCGAAUACCUCUUUGUCCUCCUCACCUAUACCCUGGCGCUCAGUAACUAUGCCCAUUCGAUACUCGCGACGCUGCCUACGCCCAGCGACCAUGUCACGGCGGAUGAGGAGAAGCGGAUCACCGCGGGAUUGGCGCGAGCGGUGGAUCUGCUGUGCCAGGCUGCAGGUUUAGCAGAAUGGACAGCCGAGAACGUCUGUCCUCUGGUGGAUAGUGUGAGGAACGCGUCAGGAAGGCUGGGCAAGUACAGGUGGCCGGUAGAGACUGGAGCAGAGGCGUUUAGAGGUCUUGCAAUGACUCUCGUUGCCGACGCCCAUGUCACAGCCAUUCGCAAGCUCCUCCUGCCUGUCCUUCCACACACGAUGUUCGCUCCUCCUGGGCCACCUCUUCCCGCCAACCACCCCUCUCCCUCCCUUCUCGCCAAGCUCUACCUGCACGUCGCGUCCCUUUACACCUCCGCAGCAGGUCUCCUCCGGUCCCACACCGAUCAAUCCCGCAAGAGCAAGAGCGUCGAGUCUGUCGAGGGCGUCGAAGGGGAAGUCAUCCCGGAGCUGAAGCGAUAUCUCCGGAAAGAAUCCCUCCUGGCUAGCGCGCUAGCGCACAAGUGGCUCGGUGUGGAUGCAGGGGAAAACGGGAAAGGUGCCAAAGUCGGCGAGGCGGUAGCAUGGGUGAAGGAGGCCCAGUCGCGGCUGCAAGAGCUGGAAGAUGGGAAGGUGCGGGAAAAGAUGAAGGGGUUGAGCUUUGGAAAAGGGUCGGACAAGAAGAAGGAGGAGCGUAAGGCCAGGCAGGGAAGGGUGGAUCGCGAGCUGGAAGAUAUCGCAGCGUGGGUGAGGGCGUAUACGAGGAUGAACGAUACAGUCGCGUUCCAGCCUGUACCGCCGAUAUCUACCCUUACCAUCCCCUCUGGUCGGCCCAUCUUCGCGGCGAAACCGUUCAAGCCUUUACCGUCAAAGAUGGUCAAACCAGCGGACGGGCCUAGCACGGACGACUACGCAGGCAAGGGCAGCUAUUACUAG